CCAACGUGUGGGUUUGUCAACAUGGAUGACCCUGAAAAGAAAUCCACGCUGUUUGAGGAAGUAAAAAGCGCUACAGAAAUCUGAAAAAAAAAUUCAAGUAAACUUUAUCAGUGCUUACAAUGGUGCACGUGGAUUUCAGAACCCUCAUUUUGCCAGUUGACAUUGUGCGGAUAUCAGCGUUUGUCCUGACAUGCACCUGCUUUUCAUUGGUGGCAUCCGUAGGUGUCGGGAACUCGAGUCUGUCCCACUGGUCCUGGUGCAUGUUCUGCUGGUGCUUCUGUUGCUUCAUGACGCUCCUCAUCCUCAUUUUGGAGUUCACCAACCUGCACACCAAGGUGCCCAUCUCGUGGGAGGACUUCACCACGGCCUUCGCCAUGUUGGCGGCACUCAUGAUGGCCACAACUUCGAUCAUCUACCCGACGUUCUUCACCUGCCCUUCUUGCUCCAGACAGAUCGGGGCAUCAACCGUCUCCUGGUUGUGUUUUGGGCUCUAUGCGGUUGAAGUAUGGUUGGUCCACAAAAGACCCGGUGAGAUUAGUGGUUUUCUCAGCACUGUUCCUGGUCUCCUUAAGAUUAUUGAAACCUUCAUUGCCUGCAUCAUAUUCACCUCUCUGGACCCGGCGGAGUACAAGAAGUUUCCUGGUCUGCAGUGGUGCGUGGCCGCCUAUUCGCUCUGCUUUGUUUUCUCAUUGCUCAUCAUCCUCCUGACCAUCGCCAGGCUGUUGCUUGUAUUUCCUCAUUUUUUUGACGUGCUGGUCACCGUCUGUAACGCGCUGGCUGCUGUUAUGUACACUACUGCUAUUGUGAUCUGGCCGCUGUAUGCAUUUAAGGGAAACCCACGGCCUGAAAAUUGUAACCACUGCGUGUGGGAUGACCUUGUCGUGGUGACCUUUAUGACUUUACUUAACUUUUUGGUGUACAUCGCAGACACGGCUUACUCUGUUAAACUUGUAUUUUUUACCCGUCAGGAGCAUGAAUAACAAGAUAUACAGUUUAAUCAACUUCAAAUUAUAUAAAUCAUUUAAACUUUAUUCCCUAGUGAGGCGUCGCUAUAAAUGAUAAAAAAUUAAGUUGAAUUGACUUAAAUUAUUUCAACUUUAUAAUAAUUUAAUAAUAAUAAUAAUAAUUUAUAGCAACUCCUCACUAGUCAAGAAAGUUGAAAUAAGUUUUCAAAUUCAAUUUGAUUAAACUUAUAGGGGUGGUUUCCCAGGACUAGGUCUUAAUUUAAUUAGGAAAUAAAUCUAGUUUUAACAAUCAUGCCUUACUAAAAACAUUACUUGUGUGCAUUUUGAGGCAAAACAAAGGGCACUUUGUCAGUACAAGUUGUUUUCAGUUUCAGUAUUUUAGGACUAGUCUAAUCCCUGUCUGAAAAACCACCCCAUUGUGUUAAUAUUUAUUCAUAGAAAGAUAUGCUUUAUGGGUUAAUGAUUAACUCUUUAUAUGGCAUAUUGGCACCAUUACGGUACAUAGUAUUGGUUUAUAUCACUCAAUAAUACAAUAAUACAAACAGUUUUCUGUUAUGAAGUUGGCACAAACUUGACUCUAUUUGUGCAAUAAAGGUUUGCUUUAGUGCUGAAAGGAAAAGAAGUUGUAAUUUAAAGUUUGUAAAACUAUUUUCUGUUUUCUUAGUUAUGUUUAGGGUGUUGACUUCAAUUUUUAAACUGCUUAUUUAAUUUGCAUAUAUAAUAGAUUAUAUACUUUUAUUUGAGCACACUAUACGUAAAAUUGUUUUACUUUAUUAUACAUAACUUUUUCCAA